ACCAAGUCUUUGACAAUUUCUCACUGGCAGUCACGAUGGCAAAUAAAGCUCCGUAUCAGACCACCUUCGAACCGGAGUAUACGAUACAGCCAAUUUAUACUGGUGGCAGUGUGGCCCUGGAUCAGUCUGGGCGCAUCCUUGCGACAACUUUGGGCGAGGAUGCAUUAUUGACAGACUUGAACACUGGCAGACAGCUGGCAAAGAUUGAAGGAGAUGGAGAGCUGAUUUCUACCCUGAUCUUAACACCCUCGGCGUCCCACCUCACCAUCUGCUCGAGAUCAUUAUCAAUGCGAAUAUACUCCCUCAAACCGUCCUUGUCUUCCUCGCCCAGUAUAAGCUUUGACCUUCUACGAACCCUCAAACCUCACACUACUCCCGUAGUAGUUCUGGCAGUUGAUCAAACGAGCACACUUCUGGCAACUGGUGCUGCAGACGGUGUAGUAAAGGUCUGGGACAUUCUAGGAGGCUAUGUGACUCAUACAUUCCGCGGCCCGAAUGUCCUAAUCUCUGCUCUACAUUUCUUUGAGUUGGUCAGCAAAAACGACGUGUCUGGAAUCUCUUCGCGAAACCAAAAGAGGAGGAAGAGCAAUGACGAGGAGGGAAACGAAGCUGGGAGAGGCUUCCGGUUGGCAAGUGGGUGUCAAGAUGGAAAAGUACGGAUAUGGGACCUUUACAAACGGAAUUGUGCUUCUGUACUGGAUUCCCACGUAUCUGAUGUGACCUCCUUGGAUUACUCUGCUGAAGAGAAUGCGCUGCUCACAGCAAGCAGAGACAAAACGAUCAUGUGGUGGGAUGCACGGACAUGGAAGGUUCGGAAGGUUGUGCCGGUAUUGGAGGAGGUUGAAGCAGCUGGAUUUGUGAAGUCUGGCAGGUUUACAUAUACUGGUGGAGUUCAAGGCAAUAUUCGAGUAUGGCAGACUGAAGAUGGAAGAGAAAUCACCGAACCACAGACAACGAAAGGCGAAGCCGAUGCUAUUGUGGACUCGAUAUCUUUGCCUGGCUUACCUUACAUCUUGUCUAUUCAAGCAGACCACACCAUCAUCCUGCACUCCAUCAACCCUCUCGACCAACUUCAGGGAACGAUAUCAGCGCUUCCUCAAAUUCGACGUAUUUCAGGCACCCACGAUGAGAUCAUUGACCUCGGCUACCUGCUUCCUGACCGGUCUCUUCUGGCUCUGGCUACGAACUCGGAAGAAAUCAGAAUCGUCUCCCUCUCCCAAGAUGGGGAUGAUUCGGAUUACUUUGGCGCCGAUGUUGCGCAAUUGAAAGGGCACGAAGAUAUUAUCAUAUGCUUGGACAUUGACUGGUCUGGGCACUGGAUUGCUACUGGAGCCAAAGAUAAUACUGCUCGCCUGUGGAGAAUAGAUCCAGCAAAUUCGACCUUCACAUGCUAUGCGACUUUCACAGGACACGCAGAAUCUCUCGGUGCAAUUGCUUUGCCACACCAGAAGCCAUCAGAAUCAUCAGCAGGCUUCAAAUCACCCCUCGAGCAUCCACCUGAGUAUAUCUUGACCGGUUCCCAAGACCGAACAAUCAAGCGAUGGGUUGUGCCUACGCAGCCAACGGGCAAAUCUCCCCGAGCAGCCUACACACGAAAAGCCCAUGACAAAGACAUCAACGCCAUUGAUGUCAGCCACAAUGGACAGCUGUUUGCUUCAGCUUCUCAAGAUCGAACUGUCAAGAUUUGGUCGCUUGAGGAGGGAGAAGUGCAAGGAGUCCUACGCGGUCAUCGACGAGGUGUCUGGUCUGUCAAAUUCGCUCCCAAAGAUACACCAUCGAUCACAGGCGAUAGUGGUCCAGCAGCAGGCAAAGGCGUUGUGCUUACUGGUAGUGGUGACAAGACGAUCAAGCUUUGGAGCCUAUCAGACUUCAGCUGCAUUCGGACCUUUGAAGGUCACUCCAACAGUGUUCUCAAGGUUGCGUGGCUCGAUCCUCCGAAGCCAGACGAGAGGAACAAGCGACAUGUUCAAAUCGCCAGUGCGGGUGGCGACGGCUUGGUCAAAGUAUGGGAUGCGAACACCGGAGAAGAUGCAUGCACACUCGACAAUCACGAGGACCGAGUUUGGGCUCUGGCUGUUCAUCCUGUUACAAACAUGAUUGUUUCUGGCAGCGGUGAUUCCACUGUCACAUUCUGGAAAGACACGACAAGUUCCACUCAGGCUGCAACAACUGCUGCUGCGACUCAAUUCGUAGAGCAAGAGCAGGAAUUGCAGAACUACAUCCAUUCCAGAUCAUACCGAGAAGCUAUUACACUAGCAUUACAGCUUAAUCACCCCGCUCGGCUUCUGUCGCUAUUCACCUCGGUUGUGACAGUCAAUCCUCCCGAGCCAGGAAGUUUGUCUGGCGUGAAAGCUGUUGAUGAGGUUUUAACAUCACUUUCAGAUCAGCAAAUCUUUGCACUGCUUCUUCGAAUUCGUGAUUGGAAUACAAACAACAGAACAGCACCUGUAGCGCAAAGGAUCCUUUCGGUGCUAGUGAAAAGCUACCCCGCAGCACGACUUGCAAAUUUGAAAGUGGGCGGACGGGGGAAGAGCCUGGAUGAAAUUUGUGGUGGCUUGAGAGCGUAUUCUGAUCGCCAAUACAAGAGGAUCGAGGAUCUAAUUGAUGAGAGUUAUUUGAUGGAUUAUACCCUGGGAGCAAUGGACGGACUAGGCUUGAUUGAAAAUGGAGUCACGAAUGGGCAUCUUGAUGUAGAUCAGGACAUGAUCAUGGUUUAGGAAUGUAACAAUGAAUCUAGUCCGAUCAAUCCGUUCCAACUUUGAUUCUUUUUGGUUCCUGGCCAGAGGUCAGCGUUCUUUCCAAUCUUUCAACCUGAAUCCUACGGAACUUCAGAUUUGCUCAAUUCAUAAUAUGUAAAUCU